AUGGCCUCUCCCGUGCCACCAUUUGCACAAGCGCCGGGAGCCACGUCAGCAGCGAUGACGGCGCCGGCAGGUUUCACUGGUUCAGCCGGUGGGCCGGUAGACCACUACCCGCAGCCGUUAGCGACGCACGAGGCGAUUCUGGGGGAUCGCGUGCUGUUCCUUGACUUGCUCGCGCGGUUUCACAACCAGAUGGGAGGGUCUCUGAGGAUUCCACAGAUGGGAGGGAGGGAGCUGGAUCUGCAUCUGCUGUACCGUGAAGUGACGGGCAGAGGGGGCUUGAUGCAGGUGAUAGCGGACCGCAAGUGGAGGGACGUGACGAUCCCCUUUGACUUCCCGCCCACCACCACCAGUGCUUCAUACGUCCUUCGAAAGUUCUACAUCAACCUACUACACCACUUCGAACAGACCUAUUUCUUUAAUCGCCAAGGGCCACUUGUGCCCCCACCGCCUCUCACCCACUUCCCUCGCAAGCGCGGGGCACGCAGGAUGCAAGGCUUUGAAGCGCCUCCCCCGCCCCAGCUGGCGAACAUAGGGCGCAACAUCUCAGGCAUCAUUCGAUCCAAGUGUGACAACGGCUAUUUCAUCACCGUGCCCAUGGGCGACCAGGUGCUGCACGGGAUUCUCUACCACCCCCCCUCCACCGCCUCCUCCUCCCCGUUCGCCCCUCCCCAGCCCGUCUCCUUCCUCCUCAACGCCUUCUCCCUAGACUCAGCGCUCAUCCGCUCGCAAACCCACGGCCGGCGCCGGCGAAGGAAGAGGCGGAGGCGCGCCGAACUGCUAGCUGCAGCAGCGGGGGGAGUGCCGGGGGUGGUGGUGCCACCGAAGCAGAACCGCACGGGGUACAACUUCUUCUUUGGGGAGCAGCGGAUGAAGCUCAAGGCUGACAUGCCCGAUGUGCCGGAUCGCGAGAUCAGCCGCCUCAUUGGCCAGCGAUGGAUGGCGCUGUCUCCUCAAGACAGAAUCGAGGGAGUGCCGGGGGUGGUGGUGCCACCGAAGCAGAACCGCACGGGGUACAACUUCUUCUUUGGCGAGCAGCGGAUGAAGCUCAAGGCAGACAUGCCCGACGUGCCCGACCGUGAGAUCAGCCGGCAGAUCGGCCAGCGGUGGAUGGCCCUUUCUCCUCAGGACCGCAUUGAUCGUGAACGCUCUCCUCUCUCGUGCUCUCUCCCUCUCUCGCUCUCUCUCCCUCUCUCGCUCUCUCUCCCUCUCGCCCUCUCUGUCUCUCGUUCUCUUUCUCUCUCUCGAUCCCCCUCCCCCUCUCCCCACCUCUCCUUCCCCCUCCCUUGUUCCCCCAGCCGUACCAGGAGCAAGCGGAGUGGGACAGGUAGCAGUAUGUGGCAGAAAUGA